AGUGUAGUCUGUGCAUUAGCAUAAAUAGCCUGUUGUCACGAGGAAAGUAUUUGUAAAUAACCUUAAUAUGUUCUUGUCUGCCUCCAGAUGCAGGGCCGGCAGAUAAAACAAUGUGGCCUUUUCUCACUGACUCUUUUGGCCACAUUUUUCCAUUGUAGCUGUUUGCCACACAGUACUGGUGGAAAGCCAUUUCCAGAGACCGCUAAAGAAAUUGCCAGCUAUGCAAAGGUAGCCAAGAGCAUCAUAGACUUGGCUGUGUAUGGCAAAGCCCAGAACCGCUCCUAUGAGAGACUGGCAGACUUCACAGAUACAAUAGGGAACCGUGUCAGUGGCUCUAAGAACCUGGACCUGGCUAUCAAGUACAUGUUCAGUGCCCUGAAACAGGAUGGGCUGGAGAACGUACAUCUAGAACCAGUGAAGAUUCCACACUGGGUCAGGGGAGAGGAGAGCGCCAUGAUGCUACAGCCCCGGAACCACACCAUGGCCAUCCUUGGACUGGGCAGCAGUGUGGCUACACCCCAAGGAGGCAUUGAAGCAGAGGUGCUGGUGGUGGAGUCUUUUGAGGAGCUGAAAAAAAGGCAGAAGGAAGCCAUUGGGAAGAUCGUGGUGUAUAACCAGCCCUUUGUCAGCUAUGAGGAGACUGUGUAGGACAGGGAUUUUGGGGCAUCCCAGGCAGCUGAAGUAGGAGCUGUGGCUACUCUCAUCCGGUCCAUCACACCCUUCUCCAUCAACAGUUCUCACACAGGCUGGCAGGACUACCAGGAGGGAGUGCAGAAGAUCCCUACCGCCUGUAUCACAGUGGAAGACGCCAUGAUGAUGGCCAGGAUGGCUAAGCGAGGCCAGAGGAUUGUGGUCCGACUCACCAUGAACGCCCAGACCUUCCCUGACGCUGACUCCUUCAACACUGUGGCUGAGAUCAUCGGCAGCGAGCACCCAGAACAGGUGGUGCUGCUCAGUGGUCAUCUGGACAGCUGGGAUGUGGGCCAGGGGGCCAUGGAUGAUGGUGGUGGAGCACUCAUCUCCUGGGAGGCCUUGUCUCUGCUUAAAGACCUGGGUCUGCGUCCCAGAAGAACCCUCCGGACAGUGCUGUGGUCUGCAGAGGAGCAGGGAGGGGUUGGAGCGCAACAGUACUUCCAGCUUCACAAGGUGAACAUCUCUAACUUUAACCUAGUGAUGGAGUCUGACAUGGGUACCUUCACCCCCCUGGGGCUGCAGUUCACAGGCUCAGCCCAGGCCCGGGCUGUCAUGGCUGAGGUGAUGAAGCUACUGAAGCCCAUCAACACCACCACCCUGGAGGAACACGGAGAGGGAAUUGAUUUAGAGAUGUGGAUGGAUGCCGGCGUGCCAGGAGCCAGCCUGCACGUUGCAGACAGUAGAUAGUUCUGGUUCCACCACACCAACGGGGACACCAUGUCUGUUCAGAGCCCCAUAGAAAUGAACCUGUGUUCGGCCCUGUGGGCGGUGGUGGCCUACGUAGUGGCUGACCUGGAGGAGAUGCUGCCCAGGUAGUUCACUAGGACUGCAUCCCAAACGGCACCCUAUCCCCUGUAUAGCUUUGGGAGAAGAAUGCACUAUAGGGAAUAUGGUGCCAUAAAAAUGCUUUACUGAGCAUUUAUUUUUGAGUGAUAGUAUGUUUUUAUGUUGUUUGUCCUCCAGAAGGGCUUCCUGCAGUAACCUCUCUGUGAAAUUAUACUCCACUCUGGUUAAGUGGCUAAAGAAUAAUUAAUUGUGUGUAUAAACCACACAAUGUACAAAAUGGAAUUAAGUAUUUAUCGCAUAUUAUUUCCAGUCAAUUACUUUUAUAAUGAACACAUAUGUACUGCAUGUUUCAUGUUGACUGUCAUUAUGUCUAAUCUGCCAAUAAAGCUGUGCUUUUCUUAGA